UAGCUCUCUCUCUCUCUCUGUCUCUCUCCUUCUCUCCCUCCCUCAUAAGCAUUUUCUUUCUCAUUUUGGGGAACACAGACCAACAGUCACUCUGCCUGCAACAGAGAGGGAGAGGGAGUGAUAGAGGGAGGUAGAGAGAGGGCUUGCUGGGUUUUAUUAAUGCACUGCAACUCCAUCAGGCCUGCGGACCCUCUGCGGCCCCUGCGGCAGCAUGGGCGGCCCUGCGGGCUGUGAUCUUGCUGUGGGCGUGUGUUCUCUCUGUGAGGGGCCAGGGGGGGCGUGGCCCAGACCACCUGCCAGGUGUUGUGCUCUCGGCACGGCUGUGUUAACCACUGCUCUGCUGGGAACCUCACCUCUCUGCCCAGCACACACACGCGCUCACACACGCACGCGCGCUCACAGGACACACUCACGCACCCGAGGAGAAGCACAGUCAGCCUUCAGAGUCUCUGUGUGUCCUCUCUGUAACAACGGGGGAGUGUGUGUCCAGAGAGAUCGAUGUCUCUGUCCUCCUUCCUUCACCGGGAAGUUUUGCCAGCUCCCCGCCCCUACCCAGCAUGGUCCCGCCCCCUCGCCAGGAGCCAAUCAGGUGCGGACCCAGUCAGAAUACCUCCUCCCUCUGCAGAGCCGUCCAAUAAGAGAGGAGCAGACAGUAAGAGGCGCCACUAGGUUGAGAACACAGCACCCCCUGCAGGCCAGCCUUAAAAUAACCCAGGUGGUGAAGGUGUUGGGGUCCGGUCCUGGCCAGCAGAGCGAGGCGGGACCCCCGGCGCCUGCAGGGCUGAGGGUCCAGGCCCAGACCCUGCGGGGGGCUGGAACCUACACCCAGCAAUCAGGCUUCAAAUACUGCUUCAGACAGGUGACCGACAAACAGUGUGGUUCACCUCUUCCUGGUCUGCGGAGCAAGGAGACGUGCUGCCGGGGGGUGGGGAAAGCCUGGGGUAUCACUGAGUGUGUUCUCUGUCCCCCCCACUCAGGUCACCAAGGCAACAGCAGCUGUCCGCCUGGCUUUCACAGAGUCAAUGGAACAGAGUGUGUUGAUGUAAAUGAGUGUGAGGAGCCCGGUGUGUGUGAACAUGGUAUGUGUGUGAACACUAGAGGCAGCUACAGCUGUGUGUGCAGGGCGGGGUUCAUUCUUGAUGCAUCUCACGGAAUCUGCAUCUCCCAGAGGGUGAUAUCGGAGGAGAAAGGCCAGUGUUACCGGGUGCUUGGGCCGGGCAGUGGUCCGUCCUCCUGCUCGCUCCCCAUCCUCAAGAACAUCACAAAGCAGAUCUGCUGCUGCAGCCGCGUGGGCAAAGCCUGGGGGGCCCACUGCCAGCGCUGCCCCUACUACGCCUCAGUGGAGUUCAAGGACAUCUGCCCAGCUGGUCCUGGGUACCACUACUCAGCCUCCGCACUGCAGUUCCACCAGAGGGCCAGCGGGAGUGCUCAGCUAGUAACUCCGGGCAACCAGGCUAACCAGGACCACCAGCCUGCAAGAACCGGCAUCCAGACACAGAGCUCCAACACAGGUUCUGGGUUCCAGCCGCAGACCCCGUCCUCCAAAGGGGAAACUGGACCUCCUCUGCGUUCAGCUGGGUCCAGUGGUUCUACUGGGACCAGUGGUUCUGCCGGGUCCAGGAGUUCUGCUGGGUCAAACGUUGCUACUGGGACCAGAGGCUCUGCUGGUUCCAGUGGUUCUGCUGGGUCAAGCGUUUCUACUGGUUCAAGUGGUUCUGCUGGGACCAGUGGUUCUCCUUGGUCCAGCGGCUCCGCUGGAUCCAGUGGUCCUACUGGUUCCAGGAAUUCUAUUGGGUCCACUGGUUCUGCUGGGUCAAGCGUUUCUACUGGGUCCACUGGUUCUGCUGGAUCAAGUCUUUCUAUUGGUUCAAGUGGUUCUACUGGGUCCAGUGGUUCUGCUGCUUCCAGUGGUUCCGCUGGUUCCAGAGGCUCUGCUGGUUCCGCUGGUUCGGCUGGGUCAAGCGUUACUACUGGGACCAGGGGUUCUCAGGCGUCCAGUGGUCCUGAUCGGGGGGUCAGCAGCCCAGCCCAAGCUGCCCUCCCCGUCCCCCCAUCUAAAGCAGACAGCGUUCCUGGAAGAGCACCAACGGUUCCGAAACAGACCUCGAGACCAGCGGCCACUAUACCCAAAACUGCAGGAGGUCAGUUCCCAGCUGCGUCACGUCCUUUCAACCCAGCAGGUCGCGGGGACUGGCCCCGGCCCCUCCCCCCUCCAGUUCAGCCAACCGUGCGGCCCGGUAGAGUCCAGGCCACCGUGCAGAGUGCAUGUGACCGGCCAGGUGUGUGCGGCGCUGGGCGCUGUGUGGCUCUGGCGGGAGGAAGACACACCUGUAGGUGUGAAGAAGGAUACGAGCUGAACAGUCAGAGGACACACUGCAGAGAUAUGGACGAGUGUCAGCUGGGUCCCUGUAGCAACGGUCGCUGUGACAACACUCCUGGCAGCUACAAGUGUGUUUGUCACCGUGGUUACCACCUAGAAGGAAACUCCUGUACAGAUCUAGAUGAGUGUGAGGACCCACUGCGCUGUCCUGGUCAGGAGUGUGUGAACAACCAGGGGUCUUACAGAUGUGUUUCUUGUCAAUCUGGAUAUGGACUGUUGGAAGGACUCUGCAAAGAUGUGGAUGAGUGUGAGGACCCACUGCGCUGUCCUGGUCAGGAGUGUGUGAACAACGAGGGGUCUUACAGAUGUGUUUCCUGUCAAUCUGGAUAUGGACUCUUGGAAGGACUCUGCAAAGAUGUUGAUGAGUGCAUUCAGUCUCCGUGCUCAAAUGGUGGUUGUGAAAACACACCUGGGAGCUACAGGUGUGUCUGUCACCAUGGUUACCGUCUCCAAGGCAACACCUGUAAAGAUAUAGAUGAAUGUACAGAUCCCUCUCAGUGCCCAGGCCAGAUGUGUGUGAACUCUGUCGGUUCGUAUCACUGUGUGUCCUGUAGGCCAGGAUACACUCUACACAACAGACAGUGUACCGAUCUAGACGAGUGUGCGGGUGAGCGUGUGUGCGCAGCAGACCGUGUGUGCGUCAACACGCCGGGAUCCUUCAAAUGUGACUGUCUGCCUGGGUAUCGAACCACCGGCCUCACAAUGCAGUGUCAAGAUCAAGACGAGUGUGCGGGUGAGCGUGUGUGCGCAGCAGACCGUAUGUGCGUCAACACGCCGGGAUCCUUCAAAUGUGACUGUCUGCCUGGGUAUCGAACCACCGGCCUCACAAUGCAGUGUCAAGACAUUAAUGAGUGUUCUGAAGGGGACUUCUGCUUCCCAACGGGGGAGUGUGUGAACACUGAUGGGUCGUACGAGUGUGUGUGUCAGCAGGGAUACUACCCCGGGAACAAUGGAACAGUGUGCCUGGACGAGGACGAGUGUGUGUCUCUGCGGGGUGUGUGUGGUACAGCGCGCUGCCAGAACGCGCCGGGAUCCUUCUCUUGUGUGUGUGACGCGCAUGGACACGAGUUCCACGCACGCACGAGAGAGUGUGUCCUGAAACAAGUUGCAGGGCGAGCAAGUCUUCCUGUGACCUCCUCCUCCUCCUCCUCCUCCUCCUCCUCCUCCUCCUCCUCCUCCUCCUCCUCCUCCCAUGAUGUAAUCCCCGGUCCGGGGAGGCCCCCCCCUCCCCCAGCAGGAGGUCCCGGGGAUCUGAGGGAGUGUUACUAUAGCCUUGAGCUCAGCGCCACCUGCAGGCUGCUGGCUGCCAACACCACACAGCAGGAGUGCUGCUGCACCGUGGGGGAGGGCUGGGGGCUGGGCUGCCAGUACCUCACCUGCCCCGCCCUUAACACAGCUGAAUAUCAGUCAAUGUGUCCAAGUGGGAAGGGCUACAUCACAACCGGAUCAGCAGCUUUCAGUUAUACAGAUGUGGACGAGUGUAAGCGGUUCCAUCCAGAGGUGUGUAAAAGCGGUGUGUGCGUGAACAACAUCCCAGGAUACACCUGCUACUGCUCCAGUGGCUUCAUCUACCAUCACACACUGCUGGAGUGUGUUGACGUGGACGAGUGUGAGCAGGAGGACAGCUGCCCGGGGGGUCUGUGUGUCAACACGGUGGGCUCCUACUUCUGUACCUGUCACCCCCCGCUGGUGCUGGACCACAGCCAGCGCACCUGCAUCAACGCUACACACCACGCCGCAGAAGAGGGCGUGUCUCUGUGCUGGCAGCAGGUGUCCGCUGACCUGGUGUGCCAGAGUCCCCUGGGGAGACGACAGGUCAGCUUCCAGGAAUGCUGCUGCCUCUACGGCGAGGGGUGGGGCCUGCAGUGUGCCCUCUGCCCUGCGACGGAUACUGACGACUAUGCUCACCUCUGUAGUUCGGUUCUGCCAAUCCCUGGCUCGAGCUUCCCGGAUCCUUUCCGAGGAGAGCCCAGUCGGAGGCUGGGUCCGGGAGCGGGUCCGGGUGGGUCUGCAGGGAGGGGGAGAGGAGCAGGAGGAGCAGGAGGAGCAGGAGGAGCAGCACCUCCCUACGGUGCCCCCUACGGAGCAGACGCCUUCGUGCCCGGGGGGCUGCCCUAUGGGGGAGCAGGGGGUUACGACGACUACCUCCAAGCAGGGGGUCAGAGAACCCCCGGAACCUACGGCCUACCUGACGGAACCGGACGCAGUUACUAUGACGACGGAGACUCCCACCCCCCCUCCUUCGGGCUGCCCCCCGACCCUCGCUCAGAGACAUCCUUCGGGGCACGCCCCCCUCCCUCUCUGCCCAAUGGCCGGCCCCUCAGCAUUGCCCCCCUCCCCAGGGGCGGGGCCUACAGGCCCAGGGGCGGGUCCUAUGUACCAGGGGGCGGGGCGUAUGUUCCCGGGGCCGGGGGCUACAUCCAGGAGGAGGAGACUGUAGAGGAGGAGGAGCCCUGGCGACCGAGGCCACCGUUUCCUGGCUUCGCAGGAAGGGGCGGGACUCCACAAAGGCUGUAUGACAGGCGUUAUGACUCCUUCACAGGGCGUAGGCCGAGUAGCGCCGAGGACUGUGGGAUACUGGGCGGCUGCGAGAACGGCAGGUGCAUCCGCGUCGAGGAGGGCUACACCUGCGACUGUCACCAUGGAUACCAGCUGGACAUGGCCUCGAUGACCUGCAGAGAUAUUAACGAGUGUGAGGAAGGCGGCCCGGCGUCGGAGUGUGUGAACGCCCGCUGCGUCAACACUGACGGAUCGUACCGCUGCAUCUGCUGGAGAGGUUACAUCAUGACCCAGGGGCCCCACUACUGCACCGCUGCCUAGACCACCAGACCACCAGACCACCAGACCACCAGACCAGGUCAUCGUACCCGACGUGACCCAUGGACCAGACCCAACAGGACCAGAGAUGAAUGGCAUCCCUGGGGCUUCGUGUGGACGUCACGCUUGCUCAGCAUUUCUGGUCGCUUAGCGAGUGUGGGUCAAACGAAGCUUUGAGGAUGCUUUUAUUUGUACAUGUUAUGCCAAGCUCACGCUACAGGACUUAUUAUUAAUAUUCAAACCAAAUCCCAUCCCAGCAGAGCAGCUCAACUCUAACGACACAUCUAAUAUCCCACCUGACAGAAAAUACGAAGGAGAAUUACCCAGGGCUUCGCAUCGCAAGACUUUGACAGGAGUAAAACACCAGGGUUUGAAUCUUUGCACACAUUUGCCAAGGAUACAAGAGUCUUGCUUAAAGAGAGCGACAUAUAGUCACACAUAUACCGCACUACAUUAAUAGCAAUAGAUGUAUCUUGUCCAUCUUUAUUUUUUAAAGAGCAAGUGAACCAACCGUUUAUUUAAAUGUUUUAACUACUGUCACUGUAAUGUCGUUUUUGACAUCAGAAUCUGGGCAAAAAUCCUGUAGUGGGAGCUUGGCAUUCGCAUCAUAAAAGUCCAAAAUAAUUAAGUAAUAAAGAGUAAUUGAAAAGUAAGUAUAAUCCUUGACAUGCAUAAAGUGAGCGGAUUAUAUGCACACACGGUUAGCACAUAGUUAACCUACAGUUAGCACAGUUAGCCGAGAUGAGUCAAGGUAAGAACAUAGUUAGCACAGUUGGCAUAGUGGCAGUGUUAUAAGCUAUUGAAAAAAGGAUAUAUUGACCAGGGAUUGAAUGUUAUUAUUUUCUGUCAUUUUUUACUUAAAUAACUGAUGUCACGUUCAUUUUAAUGGCAAAUAUAAUCAAUGGCCAUCGCUGUAUUGUUGCCAAAGAGGUUGGAGAUACUGUUGAUUAUUACCAAUGUACAUAAUCGUUCACUUGUUAGGUGGUUAGUUGCAGUUUAGUGGUGUUUCAAAAAUGAUGUUUGUAUGAAUUUAACAAACUUAAAUGUUUAAGCCUUAGUUUAUCCUGGGAUGUCUGGGGUCCAAUCCCAACACAUCCACUUCUGCCUCUUGUUCAGCACAACUGAAGUAUAUGCGCUCACUUGAUUAAACACGGCCAUAUCUGA